GCGUCGAGCACUAGUUUAUUUGUUUGACGGGCACCACCCGUAUACGCAAAGAGAAUUAUAAUAUAUAUGGAAACGUAUACGGCAUUAUAAAUAUAACCAUUUUUUCUGUGCAACUUGAAAUCCACUCCGAAAUUCUAAUUUAAUUGGUAGUAGUAGCCACAUAAAAAUUUAAAGACGUGGAAAGUCGUAGAUAAAUAGUAAUAAGUCAAAAUAUACAUAGGAUACGUUUAAAACGAAGGCUGAAAAGUACAUAAUAACAAGAUACAAUUCGCAGUUGAUUGUAGAAGUUCCAUUUUUAAAUUCCUCUGUAGUAAACCGUAUGUAAUGAAUUUUAAAGGUGAAUUUAAAGUUUGAAUAGGUGUAGCGUCUACAAAGUUCUUAGUACAUAAUUAGAAAUGGGGUGUACCCAAAGUGAAAUAUCUCCCCAAAAUGAAACACCGCGAAAAGGCUGUACCGAUGUCUUGUGGCUAAUUAUUUAUAUUAUAUUUUGGAUAUUGAUGAUAAUAGUUGCUGUAAUAUCAUUUGUGUAUGGAAACCCUCAAAGAUUAAUAAACGGAUUUGACUCUUUUGGAAAUACAUGUGGAGUGAAGAAGAAUCAGAAAUUACUAGAAUUACCUUUAGCUGGGAUAAGCACAGAGGAUAAACCCUAUCUGUUUUUCAUGGAUGUAAAAGAACUACAGAAGUCUCUUAAAAUAUGUGUAAAGGAAUGUCCAAAAAAGAAAAUGGAAUCUCUGAAUGAUAUAAAACAGUUCUAUUAUGAGAGUGGUUCAAAUUUGUGUCGGUAUGACAUAAAUUUAAAUAAAACAACAGUAAAUAAUGAUUUACACCAUUACAUAGGACCAUGUCCCACAUUGCCAGUUUAUGAAUCAUUCCCACUUUUAAAUCGAUGCUUCCCUAAACAUGCAAAGGAGUUGGCUACAAAAGUAUUUACUGAUUUUUAUGACUUACUAAAUAGUUGGGAUACAAUUGAACAAAUGCUGUCAGAUUUGUACUCAUCCUGGAAAGAAAUGAUCAUAUGUGUUAUUAUAGCAUUCAUAUGUUCUUUGAUUAUGGUAUCAAUCCUUCACUUGCUGGCAACCUUAGUGUCAUGGAUCUUCAUGAUUAUAGUAUCUAUUGUCAGUGUGGCAGGCACUGGCCUUCUCUGGUAUACAUAUCAUGAAUUAAGAACUCAACAAAGAAGCUUUGCAGACACACCAUUUCUGGCUGAAUCUUUGAAAAAUGAGAAGGCGUUUUUGUGGUAUUCUAUAAUUGCCACUAUUAUAACAGUAAUUUUGCUGCUGUUGAUAUGGGUAAUGCGUUCCCGUGUCUCUUUCCUGGCUGCUUUAUUUAAAGAGACAGCCCAUUGUCUAGGAUCAAUACCAGCCCUAUUCCUGCAGCCCAUUAUAACAUUCUUUUUCUUAGUAUUAUUCUUCACAUUUUGGUCAUUAGUGGUGGUGUGUUUAGCUACUGCAAAUUAUCCCGGAAUACCUUACAAAACAAACUUUUUCAUUAAUGGAUCCAUACCUAAUCAAAACGAAAAGGCAGCUAUAGAGGCACAAAAUAUAAAUAAAAGUGCUAACUUAAAGACUUUCGCUUUCGAUCCUAUCGAAUUUGAUCCAAUGUGGGUGAAAAGUAUGUGGUGGAUGUGUCUUAUUUGCUUGAUAUGGGGUAGCGAGUUUAUACUUGGCUGCCAACAGAUGACCAUCGCUGGGGCAGUUUCUCAUUGGUACUUUAGAGGUCCCAAUGCUCAUUCUCCUGUGUUGUACUCCAUCGGCAAACUUGUUAAGUAUCAUUUGGGAUCGGUCGCUAAGGGCUCUUUUUUGAUAACAUUAUUUAAGAUUCCAAGACUUAUCCUGACAUAUUUACACGCAAAAUUAUCAGCGAGAGCAGAGAAAGGAUCCGAAUGUGCUAAAUGUGGUCUUAAAUGUGGAAUUUGCUGUUUCUACUGUUUGGAGAAAUUUAUCCGUUAUCUGAACCAUAAUGCCUACACUAUAAUAACGAUUGAAAGGUGUCACUUCUGUAAAGCUGCUGCCAGGGCGUUCAGCACGAUAGUGAACAACGCGCUGCAGGUCGCCACGAUCAACAGCGUCGGCGACUUCAUCCUAUUCCUUGGAAAGUGUAUAGUGACCGCGGUGUCGGGUAUCGUGGGCCUGCUGCUGCUCAAACGGAACACCGACUUGCACUUCUACGCUGUUCCGACGCUCGUUAUAUGCAUUUACUCGUUCUUCAUCGCACACUGCAUACUGUCCUUGUAUGAGAUGGUGGUAGACUCGUUAUUCUUGUGUGUCUGUGAAGACCGCAAUUUGAAUGGAGCUGAAGGUAAAUGGAAAAGUUCAAGAUUGGCUGAGCUCGGUGGCCACAAAAUAGAUAAACAAGACGAGCAAGAUGGAGGGGAGUUGCAGGACCUGCAGGAGAAGUACUAACAUCGCCCAUUUUGCAUGGCGCUUCCUUUUGGCAUGGGUUGCAAGGAUGUUGUGGAGAGUACUAACAAUAUUGGUUAUAGAUAAUGUCAUCCACAAAACGCGCCCUACUACUUUGUCUAAUUACUUGUAAGUGAUUAGAGUGGCCCCAUAGUGCUCCGGCGCAAUGUUAGUCUGUGUGAGCAUUAAAAAAGAUCGAUAAAUAAUUGCAUAAAUAUACAAAGAUAUGAGUAAGCAUAUAGAAUCUUUAUAUUGUACAAUGUGCAUAGGUAUGUUUGUAGCCGUGACGGCACUCCCGUAUAAACCGCAUGGUAAUUUCCAACGUGAGAAAUGCGAAUUUUUUUUUGAUAUGCUUGAGUUACUAUCUAUUCUAAACAAUUUAAAUAACAUAUUAUUACAUAUCGGGUUUUUAAGUAUAACUUAUUUAUCUUAAGUUGAGACAUUAUAAAAAAUAAAACCGUUUUGAAACACCAAGAAUAAAUUAACAUUAUAUAUGGGUUACUAAGAAACUAUUAAAAGGUACGAGCUAUCUAAUUUGCUUUGUUAGUCAUGUCAUUGUGUUUGAAUUAGCUCAUUAAAUAAAUAUUGAAGUCAGUGCUGUAUUUAAAUAAUGUUUAAUUAUCUUGUAUAUAUUAUCAAAAUAUUUUAUUUUGUUUUUGGUGGUUUUUAAGGCUGUUUAAUGUUUUGUUAGUAUGUUUUUAUUUUGCGUUUUUUUAUUAAUCUAUAUUAAUAUUAUAAGAGGAAAAGUUGGUAACUUUGUUUGUAGGGGCUAAUAUCUGGAACUGUUGAACUGAUUUAGAUAAUUCUUCCACUGAUAGGAAGCUACAUUACUUCUGGUGCUAUAGGCUACUUUUUAUCCCGGAAAAAUAUAAUCACUCAGGCGGAACCGCGCCCAAAAUUUUGUAAGAAAUAAAAAUAAUAAGAGAAGAAUAAGUCCAAGAGAGUCAUUAAUAUCCUUUUUGAUUGAGAAAUUAUCUGAAUCAUCAAAGUUCAAUAUCCAACAGCAAUACUCUUAAGGCGAUACCUCAAGGUCCAUUUUCAUACAUUUUGUUUCACCUUUAAUCUGGGUAACUAAACAAGUAUUGGCAAGUAAAGAAUUUAAAUUCACGUCUAGUUAGUGAUUAGUUCUCGCAGUUGAAAGAAAAACGUAAAAAUAAUUAAUAAUCAUGGAUAUUUCGGCCUUUAAAAUUUAAUAUGACGAAAUUUUAAAGGCGAAACGAUUAAAGGUGAAACAAAAUGUAUGAAAAUGGACCUUGAGGUAUCGCCUUAAUAUAAGACAUCGAAGCUGUACCGAACCUAAGAAAAAAAGAAUUUAGAAAUUUGGUCUAAAUGAAAUUUACACAUUCGUACAUAGAACCUCCCUCUUUUUUGAAGUUAGUAAAAAAUUACAAUACGUAAAUAAUAACAAAACAUUAAGUAAAGCAACUUUAGUGACGAAUGAGGGGCAUACUAAUGUGCAUUGAACCGUUGACGGCUAACUGAUGCUUGGAUCAGUCGCCUUAACCCACGAGAACCCGAAAUACCCCCGUUCAAAAUGCGGCGGGGCACAUUUUCGUGAAUGGCAUUAUCUAUACUGUAUUUAGCAUAGAAUAGCAUGUAAUAUGGCGGAGUGGCGAACCCUCCAUGUACAGAUGCAAUUUCUAAAACCUAACUACAAUGGUUUCAUAAAGUUAGCUUUCAAUCAAGCUGGUCUUUGUAUUCUACGUUCCCUGCUUAUGUGUUUCAUGUGGUAAUUGAUAUAAGAAUAUUAAAAUUUUUAAGCUUAAAUGAAGUUCUAUAUUGCAAGGAUUUUUGUAGAAACCGAAGAUUAUCUUCUUCGGGUAGCAGCCAAAUUCUAAUGUUUGUGCUUAGAUUUAACGCGUGGAGUUUUUAAUUGUUCAUGAGUGCUUCUUGUAAUUGAAAUUAGAUAUUAUCUAAUGUUUGGUUGUAAUGUAAUUUACGAGUGAAAAAAACUAUAGAAAUCGAUUUUAGGGUAUUUUCGUACGGAUCCGGCUUGUGAUUUUAGAAUAUUUGAUAUGAGUAAUGAGUAUAUAUUGUUUUUGCAUGGUCUCAUUAGUUUUUGUGUGUUAUUGUUUAAACAAAAUAGUUAUUUAAGACUGUUGUGUAUUUAAAUAGAACUUUCGGACAACGUAGGUAAUCAGUGUAUCAUCUGGAGUGAAGCAUUUUUUGUUUUUGUAUAGAAUCACUUCUGUGCAUGGCAAAAGCAACUUAUACUCCUACUUCAUAUUUGAAAUAUGAUUCGCUGUUUAAUAUUAAACCAACAUUAGUGAUGUUUUUUAUAUUAAUUGUUUUGCGUUAUUUAUGCUUUUGCGUAUUUAUUUUUAUUAUCAGCCACAAGAUGUUUAUUUCCGCAAUAUAGGCCUUACCCAAAGCUUUGUGAAAUGUGCUAAAGUUGAUGAAGGUAAAAUAUUUUUAAUAGACAAUAGUGUCGUACAGUUACCUAAGGUUUGUAAUUCGUGUGGCUAUCCCCUUCAGUGGAAGGGGACUAUUUUUUUAAUGUGGUAUACAUUAAACAAAUAGUCCCCUUGUCUUAUCAAACAUACAGUAACAACCUAUUUUUAUAACCUUGAUAAGAAAAUACUGGGAGUUGAAUUUGUAAUAUUAUUAUCUAUCUACAUGUUUGAGAGUUCUAUUGGUAAUAUUGAGCGAAAUUUGUCGUGAUAAUAGGUGUUAUAAUACACCUGAUGUGCCUUAGUAUUGUGUAUAAACAUACAUGAUCGUAUCCGACAAGUUAAACACAACAUUGCGUUAUGUUUACAGGUAAAUACGUCCAGACAAGGAGAACUUCUUGAUAUUAUUAUAUUUUAUAUACACAAUUUUAAUACGCACAGACUUUCAAUUUGAUUGUUAUUACACAAACUAUGAAUCAUUACUCUGUUGAUUCUCAUUAUUUUGUAAUGAAGUAAGUUAUCUAGAAUGUAAGGAGUAAUGUUAUUUCAUCUUUAUAUUUUUUAUAUAGAUAUAGAACGCAUUUCAUGCAUAAUUUGAAUAGAAAUAAUCUUUGAAUAUUUACAGAUUUUAAGAUGAGUUUAUAUAUAGAUGACAAUAUUUUGUUAUUUAAAGGGAAUCUCUUUAUAAUAAUAUGUUUUAUUAAAUAUAUUCAAGCACAAAAUUGUGCUCAAAAAACAGAAUUGAAGAUUGAUUUCAGCAUUGCAUAAUAUUACUAUGUCAGUAACAUUAUUGAAAUAAGGUUCAAAAUAUUGUGUUUAGUUUUUACUAAAAUAGAAUGUGAAACUUUUACUAAUUUAUUAUAUGUACAACCACUUUACAGUUGUAAACUUUAUUUCAUUAGUCUUAAGUUUUGAAGUACAAUUAUUUAAGUUUUUUUUAUGCUUAACUUAAUUUGGAAAAUAUAUUUUAAUCCAAUCGUAUUGUAUUAAACAAUAUUUUUUAAUCUCAAUUAAUUCUCCAAGCUAUCAUUUACAUACACGAAAUAUAUUAUUUAUUUUUGCAUGACUCGAUAUUUUAGAUUCAUGUCUGUUUUCUCAGUCCUCGUGUCUCAAAAAAGGCUAGUUAUAAUCAUAUUUAGAAUAAUUAAAAUUAAAGACUAUAAGAUAUAUAACUUAUUAAGAUAUGGAACAAGUUGGUAUCAACCUAGAUAAACAGGCAGUUGUAAGGUAAAUGGGAGUAAUGAACAUAAACAACAAUCUAUGCGUUCGUACCGUCCAAGCAGUAAAAGCAAACUGAAUUUUGCUGUUAUUUGAACGCUUUUUUUAGCUCAAUACCUCGCAACUAAUUAUAUAUGUUGUUAUUUUUCUGAUACUAAUACGUGUUUCGGGAUACAGCUAGAGGUAAUCGAUUAGGCACAAGUUACAGGAUCUAUUAAUAAAAUAUCGUAAUUAUAUGACCAAUCAAUUAUUUUGUUGCAUUCUCUUGGCCUUUAGAUGGAUUUAAGCGCAGACGCGAACGCUUUUUUGAAA